AUGUGUUUCCCAUAUGAGUCACUUUCAAAUGCUUCACCUAAACGCAGCCAUAAUGAUUACUUAGAAAAAAAUAAAGAAGAAUUUCAUGAUGUAUCAAUUAUAGCCUCUUUACCUGGAAUUAAUGUUGUUACUUCAUUUUCAUUGGACUACAUGCAUUUGAUUUGCUUGGGCGUGGUUCGUAAACUUAUUAUGAUGUGGAUUAAAGGACCUGUAAGUGUUCGUUAUCCAUCGUGGAAAAUAAAAGAAGUUUCCUCAGCUAUGGGAAAAUUAAAAGCACAGAUUCCAUGUGAGUUUGCUCGAAAACCCCGUAGCUUCGACGAAAUAAGUCGCUGGAAAGAAACUGAGUAUCGAACAUUUUUAUUGUACACCGGUCCAAUUGUUAUGAAGUCAAUUCUCAAAAAAGAUCACUGGAAACAUUUUCUAGCUCUUAGUAUUUCCAUGACAAUUCUUUUAAGUCCAGAUCAUUCGAAAUUUUUAUUCAUCGCUCGAAAUCUAUUAGAUUAUUUUCUUAAACGCUAUGAACAAAUUUAUGGAUCCUAUUUAAUGUCUCACAAUGUCAAUGGUUUAAAUCAUAUUUCUGAUGAUUAUGAUAUGUAUGGUCCUUUGGAUAAUGUUUCAGCAUUUCCCUUCGAGAACUACAUGAGACAGUUAAAAAAAAUGUUGAGAAAACCUCAUAAACCUUUAGAGCAAAUAGUUAAACGUUAUAAUGAAACUUUUUUACUACCAUUAACUGAAAAUAAAUUGAAGCAAAAACAAAUAUACUCUGGAUUACAUCAAAAUGACCAAAUAAUUCAAAAUAAUAUAAAUGAAUUGCAAUUUAAAACUUUAAAUUUGAAAAAUGUGACACUUAAGACACAUGUUGAAGCAGAUUCUUAUUUCUUAACCACAAAUAAUGAAGUAGUUAAACGUAUGAACAUUAUUCGUUCAACAGAAACACAUGUUAUAAGAUUAGUUGGCAAAAUAUUUUUACAAAAAUAUGAUUUGUAUCAAAAACCUUUUGAAUCUUCUAAGUUGAAUGUUAAUGUUGUAAAUUUAUUAAGUAAUGAAUUGUUUGACUUUAGUGUUAAAAGUAUAAAAAAAAAAUGA